AUGGAGUCAUCUUCACCAUGCGUGACUGUCCCAACAUGGACCAAACCAGGCUAUGAUCAGCGGGUCAUAGACGAGCUGAUUGAACUAUUCCAGUCCAAAGUGUCCCCAGCUCUGGGAGAUGUCACUGAGUCAGAAUUGGAUUGCUUGAAUUUGUUCAUUGUCAGACCUUCAAAAGAUGCUCUCGUUAAAAGAGGAUAUGACACUAACAUACCACUCCCGGUCUUCGCUUGGAUUCAUGGCGGUGCUUUUGGAUUUGGGGCCGGCACAGAUCCAAUGUGGGUAUUGGAGGCUUUGAAUUUGGGCAAACCAUUCAUUGCCGUGUUCCUCAACUAUCGCGUGGGAAUAUUUGGCUUUGGAGCAACCUCUGCUAUGAUUGAAACCCAAACGGAUGAAAAGAUCAAAGGCGUCAAUUUCGGAUUGAGAGAUCAGAAAGUUGGACUCCAAUGGAUAUCCAACAAUAUCUCAGCAUUUGGAGGAGAUCCACAGCGAGUCACGAUUGGUGGUCAGUCGGCCGGUGGCAAUUCAAUUCAUCUUCAUGCUUUGGAAGCAAAAACCAACCAGUCUCUGCCUUUGUUUCAAAAGGCCAUAGUCCAAUCUGGGGCCAUGGGCACUUGUGGGCCCAUUUUACUGGCCAAUGCACAGGUCCAGUGGGAUGGACUGUGCAAGGUGCUGGGUAUUUCGACUGACAACAAGAAUGCAGCACUCAAUGCAAUGGAAAAAUUCACAGCUGCAGAACUAAUCCAAGGAACAAGGGAAAUAUUCUGGCUUCUGUUCCCAUUGGUGAAUGAUCAAUUGACACUCGACUUCUCUGUGAAACUUGAUCCUAUCCUAGUCAACCUAGGAGACACUUCAAGCGUGCAGGAUGUCUCACAAAGUGGCUCGUCAAUCGAAAUAUUACUUGGAGAAGUCGACAACGAGGCAACAAUUUGGCAGCAUGUAGUUGAAACCCUCACAAGCUUUGACACUAUUCAAGAAAGGUUCUCUUCAAGCACCGUCGAUCCGCAGAUUGUUGAAAAGACGCUGGGUCAUUACAGGCUCAGUCCAGAAGCUUCCCUUGAAGAUAUAAAAUCCGGAAUAUAUCGACUCAUAUCUGAAUUUCAGUUCAGUCUUCCGCUAUACAAGGCAUGGAAAUCCUUCGCUGGCGCAGACUUCAAAUUGAAGUCAUUUUAUGAAACAACAGCACGGCGAUACAAAGUGAACUUUGGUAAUCCCUUCAGUAAUGGACCCAAGAAACACUUAUACGGCAUGUCACACCACUGUGUUGAUCUGAUAUACAUUUUCAAUGCCUUUCCCAGCGAGAUGAAUCAUGCCGAUACUCUGCUCAAGCCCUCAGAAGUGACGAACGACCUUCUUCGACAGCGUAUGCAAAGUGACUGGAUUGAUUUCAUUGUCAGCGACGGUGGACAGAGUUUCAAUCCAGACACUGUUGUUCGAUAUGACAAAGAUCGAGUGACUCGAGUGGUGAAAGCUUCAGAAGACGACUUUUUCAUCCAGCAGUUAGCCAGACUUUCUUUCUUAGGUGAGCAUUUGACGGAGAUAGACUCCCUCGUGAAUGCCUUUACCGGAAAAGGGACAUAUUGA